UUGGGUUCAGUCAGCAUUUGAUCGUUGGGCAUCAUAUCCGGAGCUAAACAGAUCAUCUACAUCGACAUGGUUGGAGGCAGCCCCAUGCAGGCCGUGCUCAUGGCGCCCGGGGUGAAGGACAGGAAAGUGCUCGCGUUCAAGCGGGACGCGCCCAAGGACAAGGACGGCGCCGUCGCCGGCCUCAUGCGCUCCAUCUCUGCCCCGGCCGGCACCGCCCGGAGCGCCUUCUUCGUCUUCGACCUCGCCAGGGUCGUCGAUCUGUACAGCGGCUGGCGCCGCGCGCUCGCCGGCGUGCGCCCCUUCUACGCCGUCAAGUGCAACCCGGAGCCUGCGCUCCUCGGCGCGCUGGCCGCGCUCGGCGCCGGAUUCGACUGCGCCAGCCGCAGAGAAAUCGAGGCCGUCCUCGCUCUCGGCGUCAAGCCCGGGAGCGUCGUGUACGCCAACCCGUGCAAGCCCGAGGCGCACAUCGAGUACGCGGCGUCCGUCGGCGUCAACCUCACCACCUACGACACCGAGGAGGAGGUGGCCAAGGUCAAGCGCUGCCACCCGGGCUGCGAUCUCAUCCUCCGCAUCAAGGGCCCCGACAACGCCGACGCCAAGGUCGACCUCGGCACCAAGUACGGGGCGCAGGAGGACGAGGUCGUGCCGCUUCUGCGCGCCGCCCGGCGCGCGGGCCUCAAAGUCGCCGGCGUCUCCUUCCACGUCGGCUUCGGUGCUUCGUGCACCGAUGUCUAUCGUGGCGCCAUCGAGGCCGCGCGCGCGGCAUUCGAUGCGGCCGCCGCCCUCGGCAUGCCGCCCAUGCGCGUGCUCGACAUCGGCGGCGGCUUCAUGGCCGGUGCCACGUUCGACGAGGCGGCGGCGGUCAUCAACGACGCGCUGGCGCAGCACUUUGGCGAGCUCCCGUGCGUGGAGGUGAUCGGCGAGCCGGGGCGGUACUUCGCGGAGACCGCAUUUACGCUCGCGGCGCGCGUCAUCGGGAAGCGCACGCGCGGCGAGGCGCGGGAGUACUGGAUCGAUGACGGUCUGUACGGCUCGCUCAGCUGCAUGAUCGUUGCCGGCUACGUGCCGCGGCCGAGGCCGCUCGCCGGCCCGUGCCCCGGCGAAAGGACUUACGCCUCGACGGUGUUCGGGCCGACGUGCGACUCUCGGGACAAGGUGGUGAGCGAGUACCAGCUGCCGGAGAUGAGCGUGGGGGACUGGCUCGUGUUCGACGGCAUUGGCGCCUACGCCGCCUCGUCCGGCUCCAACUUCAACGGAUUCUCGACGUCCGACAUAAAGACGUACUUGGCGUACUCCAGCUAGCUAGAAAUAGAACAUGGCACGUGUGCAUGGUGUGGAUUGGUUUUAGUGAUCUCUUGGUUUUAUGAGCUUAUUACGCAAAAGAGUUGUAGAAGAAGCUCGCGAACGAUUUGUGUGCUUCGUUGGUUUCAUUCGGGUGUUUUAUGUAUCAAAUGCGAAAUAAAUAUA